UAUGCACAGUAAGCAUGAACUUGUGAGAAGCAACAGAAAGCAAAACUUUUCCAUUCCUCAUGAUUUCGGGUAUCCAGCAAGGUCUAAAUAGCUGUAUAUCCGGUCACCAAAGAUAUAUGAAGAGUGCUUUCAGCACAUUCUGCACUUCUCACAUGCUCUUCACACCAUUCUUUAAGCAUAUUGAAAGUUACUACAAUUGAGCACCUGCCCAAAUACUGUCAUGCCUUCAAUUGUGCCCACGAAACUCCUAGCUGGCGUGACCGUCCCAGAUACACCACUCAUUGACAAAGCACUCGCCUUCGCCCGCGCUCACUGCGACGAGUUUACCUAUAACCACGUCGUCCGCUCUUGGCUCUUUGGCCAAUACAUAGGCGAUCACAUUCCCGAAUUCAAAGAACGUGACAUCGAAGUCCAAGCAAUCGCUGCCAUUCUACAUGAUCUGGGCUGGGCUACCAGCGGCGAUCUCGUCUCCAAAGACAGGCGAUUCGAAGUUGACAGCGCUGAAGGAACUCGUGCCUUUUUGAUUCGCGAAGGACAAAAGGAAGAUUGGGAUGCUCAUCGAAUACAACUCGCAUGGGAUGCUGUAGCCCUCCACACCACUCAUUCAAUCGCUUUGUACAAGCAACUGGAGGUCAAAUUAUGUUCGAUGGGUAUAUUUGCCGAUUUCCUAGGACCUGAGAGGAGUCCUGGAGGAGUCUUGACUAGAGAGGUCUGGAAUGGGAUCAUUGCAGAAUUCCCCAGACUGGGUUUCCGCGGAGAGAUAAAGAGGAUCUUGUGUGGUCUCUGCAGUACAAAACCUGCCACCACAUAUGACAACUUUGUGGCAGAGUUUGGGGUUGCUUAUGUGGAGGGGUACAGCCUCGAGGGCAAAAGAUUUGUAGAUGUCACGGCCGUUGCUGAGGAUUAACUUGGUCUCUGUGAAGGAGAAAGUGUUGAGUUCCGAUUUCAGUGUCAAUAUCCUGGUGAUCUCAAAAGAAUUCUCGGUUUUCAGGUGUUGUUUUGCCUGAGUACCAAAGCAUGUGAGAAUAGGGGACGAAAAGCCGGGGUUAUGGUACGGCGCCAACGGCAGAAUCCAGAUGUUGGUCCGAACCUCGGCUGCUUCCAAUCUCGAUACUUUUUAUCAGGCCUUGAGAAUCAAAUAAAUGAAACGCGUCAGAUUCUUCACUAGCUUGCUAUUGCAUCGACCACCUCUCCUUCGUAAAAUCCCAAUUCUGAGACCACAGAGGCGGAGCUUUGUGAUAGAAGCAAUGGCAGAUCGUCCAGACCGUCGAACGCUUGUCAGACAACCACCCCUCGAUCCUUCGAAGUCAGCAAUUGAGAAUGUUUUAGAACUGACAGAAUUGAGUGCGAUUGCUCCUGUAUGCCACAGACAUUCAUUGCA